AUGUCCUCACAUCAAGAGACAUUCGAUGACACCCGUCUUAAGGUGUUUACGUGGUUGAAUAAUACUCGCUACGCGGCAUCUUCACUCCAACCGUUGGUCGGAGGCCAGGCCAACUUUACCUACCACGCCAAACUCGUGACUCCUCUUGAAGAUGGGACGACUGAAGUUGUGGUCAAACACGGGGAGCCCUACAUGGCAAGACAUCCUACGAACGAGAUCACAACACAUAGAUGCCGUGUUGAAGCUGAGUGCUUGAUGGAGCUCAACUCGGUAGAAAUACACCUGAACCAGCUCGGUGGAGCGAAUUGCACUGUUAGAACGCCGAGAUGUUUCUACUACGAUGAUGAUACCAAGACUCAGAUACAAGAGUAUCUUCCAAACACUGUUGAUCUCAAGACGUACAUCCAAACUCAUUUCUCGUGGUCAACUCUCAAGAAACUUGAGGUGCCAUGCCGUAAUGUCGGAAAGACGCUGGCAGAGUACAUCUCCAAGUUCCACCUCGCCAGCGAACAUAUGGUCCAAAGGACGGCUAUGGAGGGCGCUCAGUCUCCACCGAAGCCAUUUCCUGCGCUUCGAAGCAAUGAGCAGAUGCAGUCACUUAAGCACAUGAUCAAUUAUGACUGGUUGUUGCAGCGAAUUGAUCAGUUCCCCGAGAUUUUGUCCGAGGCGAGAGACGUAUUUUACCAGGCCAAGCUACAGGCAUUGCUUGAGUCUGAUGAUAAACCCAUACACGGCGACUUCUGUCCCCAAAACAUUCUCCUUCCUGACGCGCCUCUUGAUUCUCAAACCAACAUCUCCUUGUUCGUCGUCGACUGGGAGAACGGGCAACUUGGUGCAGAGAACCUUGACCAUGGAGAAAUGAUAGGGGAGCUUUAUGCCCUGUGGCUGUCUCAGCAGACGGACGCGGCGCUCUGGGUGGUACAGGGAUACUCCGACGGACUUGGGCCAAGACCGACGGACUUUGUUUGGAGGCUUGCUGUGCAGCGAUACACCAGCGCUGAGAUGGGCUAUCUUGUGCUUGCAGUCGCCGCAGCCGUGACCUAUGGUGUGGCGGUUUGCGUCUAUCGUCUCUAUUUCAGCCCAUUGGCCAAGUUCCCAGGACCCAAGAUUGCUGCUGUCACCUCAUGGUACAAUGGCUACUAUGACCUCGUUAGCGGUGGUCAAUACAUCUGGGUCAUAGAGGAGAUGCACCGCAAGUAUGGCCCGAUUGUACGCACCCGUCCAGACACGAUUCACGUCAACGACCCAGCCUUCAUAGAGAAGCUCUACUCGCAAUCGCCCAAACACCGACGGGAACGACAUAGCACCAUCUUGGGGACGAUGCAAGCCGAUGGUUCUAUCCUGGCAACUAAGGACCACGAUCUCCACCGUCGCCGUCGCGCCGCUCUCAACCCAUUCUUUUCAAGCCAGAACGUGAGACGUCUGUCUCCCGUCAUUAAUGACAUUCUGUUCAAUCUGCUACGCCGAAUGGAAGGAUGGGCUAAGGCCGGGCAACCUGUGAAGUUGAACAGUGCUUACAGAGCUGCUACCAAGGACGUUAUCCAAGCUUAUGCUCUCGGAGAUGGAGAGAUGUGUCUUGACAUGGAAGACUGUAACGCAGCCUUCUUUGACGUCUUCACUCCGCAACGGGUCUGCCAUCUGGGCACUCAUGCGUUCUGGUUGGCGUACCUGAUGGCUAAUCUGCCACCCGUGAUUAUGACUACCCUCCUCCCUCGAGUUGGCGUGUUUGCGACAUUCAUGAUUAACUUGAAUGCAGAGAUUGACCAGAUAAAGCAGGCGGACAAGUUGCCAGAGGGCAAGACCAUCUUUCACGAGAUUCUCCAUAGCGACAUUCCCAGUUCCGAGAAGCAAACACCCCGUCUUGCGGAUGAGGCUAUGGUCUUGGUCAUUGCGGGGUCAGAGACAACAGCUUCCACCUUGGCCGCUAUCACAUACCAUCUGCUCGCUGACCCGAGUCUCAUGGCACGACUGAGAGUUGAACUUGAAAGAGUCAUGCCCGACGUGAACGAAAUCCCCGAUCCUUCCACGCUGAAUGGGUUACCGUUUCUCAACGCCCUAAUUCAAGAAGCUAUUCGUCUGUAUCCUGGAGCAUCUCACCGACAAGAUCGAGUUGCCCCCGACGAAGAUCUCGUCUACCAGCGUCCAGACGGCCAAACCUUUGUUAUACCUGCCGGAACAGGCGUUGGAAUGACGGCACCACUGGUCAACCGCAACCCCGACCUGUACCCCAACCCACUGGAAUUCCGCCCUGACCGAUACCUCGAGAACCCCGGCCUCGCCGCCUACCAGUUUGCCUUUUCAAAGGGAACCAGACAGUGCAUCGGCAUCAAUCUGGCGUAUCAAGAGCUGCAGACUUUUGUUGCCGGCAUCUUUCGCAAGUACGACGUGUAUGAUGCAUCAAAGGAUAAGCAGAGCGGCCCGACCAUGGAGUUGUACAAGACGAAGGAGGAGGAUGUGGCCAUCUAUUCGGAUUAUGUGACUUUUGGUCAGUACCCAGGCAGUCAGGGGUUGAGGGUCAUCAUUAGAGAGUAA